CUUUUGGUUUUUUUACAAACCGCAAAAUGGUGCAGCGAUUGACUUUGAGGAGGCGUCUGUCCUACAACACCCGCUCCAACAAGAGGCGCAUUGUGCGCACUCCCGGCGGCCGUCUGGUGUACCAGUAUGUGAAGAAGAACAAGACCGUCCCACGCUGCGGCCAGUGCAAGGAGAAGCUUAAGGGCAUCACCCCAUCCCGCCCAAGCGAGCGCCCACGCAUGUCCAAGCGCCUCAAGACCGUGGCCCGCACCUACGGCGGUGUCCUGUGCCAUGGCUGCCUGCGCGAGCGCAUUGUCCGCGCUUUCCUCAUUGAGGAGCAGAAGAUUGUCAAGGCCCUGAAGAGUCAGCGCGAGGCACUCGUGAAGCCAGUCAAGAAGGUAGAGGUCAAGAAGCCCACAAAGUCUGGCGCUACCAAGAAGCCCGCUGGCAAGACCGCCGGAAAAUCUGGCGUGAAGGCCGCUGGCAAGAAACCCGCACCCAAAGGCGUCGUCAAGUCCAAGAAGUAAAUUAAUACUUGAGGGAUCUUGGUGGAAACAUUAGUUUUGGACGUGGAAGCAAUUUGUAAUAAAGAAAAUACAAACUGGAA